CUGUCUCGAAUUGACUGUACGCGCCACCCGCGACCGGCGAGGCCCUCGCAUCAGGAGGAAUACAGGAAUACAAAGAUCUUUUCACUAUUGCCUGGCCUCGUCCUUUAGGAACAUAGGAAGAUGCACAUAAAAACAAUAGUUAUCGAAGGGUUCAAGUCCUACGCUCAGCGGACAGAAAUCAACGAUUUUGAUCCGUUAUUCAAUGCCAUUACUGGCUUGAAUGGCAGUGGCAAGUCCAACAUCUUGGACUCCAUCUGUUUCCUGUUGGGCAUCUCCAACCUGUCUCAGGUACGAGCUACCAACCUGCAAGAUCUAGUUUAUAAAAAUGGGCAAGCUGGAAUUACCAAAGCAACUGUUUCUAUCACCUUUGAUAAUUCUGACAAGAAACAAAGCCCCCUGGGAUUUGAAUCUAAUGACGAAAUUACCGUAUCUAGGCAGGUUGUCAUUGGAGGUAGAAAUAAAUAUCUUAUAAAUGGUGUAAAUGCUACCAACACUCGUGUGCAGGAUCUGUUUUGCUCUGUUGGACUCAAUGUCAAUAAUCCCCACUUUCUUAUAAUGCAGGGGCGAAUUACCAAAGUUCUGAAUAUGAAACCACCAGAGAUUUUAGCUAUGAUUGAAGAAGCAGCUGGCACUAGGAUGUAUGAGUGCAAGAAAAUAGCUGCCCAGAAAACCAUAGAGAAAAAGGAAGCCAAACUGAAAGAAAUUAAAAGGAUCUUAGAGGAGGAGAUCACCCCAACUUUACAGAAGCUGAAAGAGGAACGAUCAUCCUAUCUGGAGUACCAAAAAGUAACACGAGCAAUAGAGCAUUUAAGCCGACUGUACGUUGCUUACCAGUUUGUUCUGGCUGAAGAGACAAAGGUGCGCUCUGCUGAUGCAUUAAAGGACAUGAAGGCUAAUGUAGAGAAGCUUCAGAAAUCAAUAGCAGAGAGUGAAACUAAAGUAAAACAACUCACUGAAGAAAUAGCAGAAAUAGAGAAGAAAAGAGAUGAGGAAUUUGGUGGUACACUCCGUUCAUUAGAACAUGCCCUUUCAGAAAUUCAGCGGGUUGAUACUAGAGCACAAAGUGCUCUUGAUCUCAAGAUGCAAAACUUAAAAAGUGAAGAAAAUAAACGUAAAGAACUGUUGAAAAGUAUGGAGGAGGAUUCUAAAGCAUUAGUGUCAAAGGAGAAAGAAGUAAAGAAAAUUCAGGAAGGACUAAAUGCUUUACAGGAAACAAGUAAAAAAGAUGCAGACGCUCUAGCCACAGCACAAAAAUAUUUUAAUGCUGUGUCUGCUGGCCUAUCCAGCAACGAUGAYGGUGAAGAAGCUACUCUUGCUGAGCAAAUGAUGAUGUGCAAAAAUGAAAUCAGCAAAUCGGUAACAGAAUCCAAACAGGCUGAAAUUAAAUUGAAAUACGCACAAAAAGAACUAAAGACAAAACAAGCCGAAGUUAAAAAGAUGGAUGGGGGCUACAAGAAAGAUCAAGAAGCAUUUGAAGCUGUUAGAAAACUGAAAGAAAAACUUGAAAAUGAAAUGAAGAAGCUGAACUACGAAGACAUGAAAGAAGAAACACUCUCAUCAAAAAAGAAGGAAUUGACUUGUGAUAUCAGUCGGCUGAGAGAAUUACAUGAAAGCUUAAUGGCAAAGUUCCCCAGUCUACACUUUGAAUACAGGGAUCCAGAAAAAAACUGGAAUCGAACCCUUGUAAAAGGCCUUGUUGCAUGUCUUAUCAUUGUGAAAGACAUAUCCACAGCAAAAGCCCUAGAAGUGGUGGCUGGAGGAAAACUCUAUAACAUUGUUGUGGACACAGAGGUUACUGGUAAAAAACUUUUGGAAAAUGGUGGACUAAAGAGACGAUACACUGUCAUUCCGCUAAACAAAAUUUCAGCCAGGUGUAUUGCACAAGAAACUAUCAAACUGGCCAAAAACUUGGUUGGCAAUGAUAGCUUGCAUUUGGCGCUCUGUCUAGUUGAAUAUGAACCUGAACUGCAGAAGGCCAUGGAAUAUGUGUUUGGAACAACRUUGGUUUGUGACAACAUGACUAAUGCCAAGAGAGUGACCUUUGACAAAAGAAUAAUGAUAAAAAGUGUUACGCUCGAUGGAGAAACUUUUGACCCCCGGGGCACUCUAAGUGGAGGUUCAAGUUCACAGUCUGUACCAAUAUUGUCUAAACUUCAAGAAAUUAAAAAGGUUGAAAAAGAACUUGCAGCAAAGGAAUCUGAACUUGAAGCUGUAGAAAAAGAGCUGGCAAAUUUAAAGAAUGUUGCUGAAAAGUACCAACAAUUGAAGCAGCAGUGGGAGAUGAAGUCCGAAGAAGUAGAACUACUGCAAGCCAAGCUUCAGCAGAGUGCUUAUCACAAACAAGAGGAAGAACUGAAUGCCCUGAAGAAAACCAUUGAGCAGUGUGAAGAAACUUUAAUGAAAGCUAAAGAGAGUCAAAAGAAAGCAGAAGAAAAAUACAAAGUAUUGGAGAACAAAAUGAAAAAUGCAGAAGCAGAGCGGGAAAAAGAACUAAAAGAUGCCCAGCAGAAACUGGAUGACACAAAGAAAAAAGCAGAUGCCUCAAGCAAAAAAAUGAAAGAAAAGCAGCAGGAAGUUGAUGCCUUAGUUCUGGAGCUUGAAGAGUUAAAACGAGAACAGUGCUCCUAUAAACAACAGAUGGAGGCUGCAAAUGAAGCUAUCAAGUCCUUCCAGGAACAGGUUAAUGCUAUGGCAGCUGAAGUGUCCAAGAACAAGGAGUCUGUAGAGAAAGCUCAGAAGGAGCUGGCCAAGCAGAAGGAAAUCAUUGCUGUACAGGAUCAAGAAAUAAAAGACAAAUCUGCAGAGACUGUAGCAUACAGAGAACAGAACAAUGAAUUGCAGCUGAAAGUCAAAGAGUUAGAACACAACAUCAGUAAACACGAGCAAGAAGCUGCUGAAGCUGCUGCUAAGGUAGCCAAAAUGUUGAAAGAAUAUGAAUGGAUAGCUUCAGAGAAGCCGCUCUUCGGUCAGCCAAACACAGCCUACGACUUCAAAACUAACAAUCCAAAAGAAGCUGGUCAGAAGCUCCAGAAAUUGCAAGAGAAGAAAGAGAAGCUGGGACAAAACGUGAACAUGAGAGCCAUGAAUAUGCUUUCUGAGGCAGAAGAGAGGUACAAUGACUUAAUGAAGAAAAAAAGAAUUGUUGAGAAUGACAAGUCUAAAAUUCUUGCAACUAUUGAAGAGCUUGACCAGAAGAAAAAUGAAGCUUUGUACAUUGCUUGGCAAAAGGUGAACAAAGACUUCGGUUCAAUUUUCUCCACGUUACUACCAGGAGCCAAGGCUAUGCUGGCAGCAAUUAAAUGUCAGAAUAUCUUAGAAGGUCUGGAAUUCAGAGUGGCCUUAGGAAACAUAUGGAAAGAAAAUUUAACAGAACUUAGUGGAGGCCAAAGGUCACUGGUGGCUUUGUCUUUGAUCUUAGCCAUGCUUCUUUUCAAACCUGCCCCAAUUUACAUCCUGGACGAAGUGGAUGCAGCCCUUGACCUCUCUCAUACCCAGAACAUCGGACAGAUGCUGCACAACCACUUCAGACACUCCCAGUUUAUCGUGGUAUCCUUGAAGGAUGGGAUGUUCAACAAUGCAAAUGUCCUCUACAAGACCAAGUUUGUGGACGGGGUCUCCACGGUCGCAAGAUACGACCAAACUCAGAGCAGAAACAAGACAGCGACCAGCAGCAAAGAGAGCAAGGGGCUGCCGAAGGAGAAGGUUCCAGGACGGGGAAUCCUCGCCAACUAACACGGGGACCUCGUGGGCAAACCCACAGGGACGAACUUUAUUGGUAGUGCUACAUUUUAAAUUGCUUCUAGGUAAAGUUUAUUUCACAUCUGCACCUUCUAUCUCUUUAUGGCAGAUUGCUUUUAAUGCUCACAGAACUGACCACUUGAUGUACUUUCAAUUUGCAUUUCUUAGUGUUUCCGAACAAAUGCAUGUUAGCAGUAGCUUGCUCUGCAGAGGAACAAGAGUAACUAUAGCCUUUGAACAGAUGCAGAAAGGAUCUAAUACUACUUAUAAUAUUUUAAGGAGUUUAGGAACCUUAUCGCCAAGUAUAAGUCCUGUAUUUUUCUUGUCAGUCCAUAGGAAAAAGG